AUUGCACUAAUUAGAGAAUUAAAACAAAAACUCUUUUUGCAUCAAACCCUCCGUUGAUGUAUGUACUGAAGUAUCAAAAGUGUUUCAUGCAAGACUAGUGUUACAUCAAAUCUGAAUUAUUUAUUAGAGCUAUAAAUGUUUUGUAAAAAUUAUAAUGGAAGUAGAUUUAGAUCAAGAUUCUAUUGAAAUUGAGCUUCAAGCAGAGAAAAAAGGUCUUCUUCUUAAAUAUCGUGAAUAUGUUGUUUUUAGUAAGAGGCAUAAAAUGAGUGUCCAGCGUCGAUAUAAUGACUUCAGCUCGUUCUAUGAUGUAUUGUUAAUGCGAUAUCCAUACAGAAUUAUUCCAAAAUUGCCACCCAAGAAAAUUGGAGCGAAUAAGGAGUUCAUUGAAGGACGAAGAAGAGCAUUAAAGCGCUUUUUAACAAUAAUCAUGAAACAUCCGGCAAUGAGAGAGGACAACAUUAUCAGCUACUUUCUUUCAUAUACAGGAUCAGAUGUUGGAUCCAAACUUAAAGAGCAAUUCAAAGGUGUUCCAGAUGAGUUUAUAACUAACCCAUUAUCUUCGAAAGCAAAGGACAUGGUACCAUCAGAUACACAAGGAAAUCUUGCAAAUAGUCGGCAACAGAUUUUUACAAUACACCGGUGUUUGAUGCAAGUGAAAGAUGUUAUAGAUAGACUAGCAAAUAGAACUGAUGGUAAUUCACAAGAUAUGGUUACAUUCAGCAAAAAUAUGUUGGUUUUGUCAGAGGAAUCAAGUGCAAUAACUAAUUGGGCAACUGGUGGUAAGAACACAUGGCAGCUUUUGCAAAAAGGCUUCAAAUCUCUAGUUGAGCCAUUUACAGCUCUUUCAGAAAAAUAUGCUAUUUAUAGUACUAAAGAAACUCAAGAUGUUGGUGAUUGUUUAGAGAUGUUUCUUGAUAUUACUACUGGUUAUAAGGAUUUACUUGAAAGACAUGAAAAAGGAGUUCUUCGUGACCAUCAACUCGCAUUAAAUAAAAUGCAGCAAUACAAACAAAAGCAUCACAUUGCAACUGUCAAAAAUGUUGAUUCAAUUGAUCAGCUGGAGCAACGCAUUUAUCAGCAAGAGGAUGCUAUUCAUACUAUGGAGAACAGAAACUAUUUUUCUUUAUAUUGCUUGCAAAUGGAAACCCAGCUUAUACAUUCAAACUUAAAUAUGCUUAUUGAAAUGUUGAGGAACCUUGUGGAUGUUGAAAUAAAAAAACACAUUGAGCUUGCAGCAUUAUGGGAAGAAAUUCGUGUUCCAGUUGACAAUAUAGCAUCUUCUACUAUACGUGUUCAAACUCCAGUUUCUCCUUCUGCGCCUCCUGCGUAUUUUGAAUAAAUUUUUUUUUUAGAAUAAUUGUUAGAAAAUUUUUUAGAAACUAUUGUAAAAAAUUCAGUACCUGACUGACGAGAAUUUUGUGACUAAUUUACUUAUUUCAAUUACUCAUAAAUUAAUUACAGUUAAAUUAACUGUUCAUUACUAAUUAUAUUGACUUCUAAUUAGUUUGACUACUAAUUUUAUCUUUUUAUAACAUUUUUUUUAACUAAGUUUCUUUCAAAUUUCUCUUGUAUUUUUGAUUUUUAUUUUACCUUAAUUUUUAUGCUUAAAAAAAAAUGUUUUUAUAUGAAUAAAUGUAAAGAAUUUUAUAUCUUUAUAAAUGUAUAAAUUAUGUUACUUAAUUAGUGUUGUUUCUGAAGAAUUUUAAAUAAUAAAUCUGUAAAUGUUUUUAUAGUUAUUUGUGUUUAAUUAUUAUUUAUUUGUU